AUGUUUAACAAACUGUAUGAUGAGAUUGCUGAUAAGUUGAAGGAUGACAAUGUUGGAGUUGAAACAACCAAUGUUACAAUGGAGUCAACUAAUGUUGGAGUUGAUUCAUCCAAUGUAGAAGUGGAAUCAACCAAUAUAGGAGUGGAAUCAACCAAUGUAGGAGUGGAACCAAUCAAUGUUGGAGUGGAAUCAACCAAUGUAGGAGCGGAAUCAACCGAUGUUGGUGAGUGUUUCAAAAGCAUGACAAUAUUUUAUACUAUGAAGUGUUUUUUCACAUUGAUAGUGAUUCUGAGUAUGAUUAAACCUGGAUUGAGUAGCACAACGACUUUCAAUGUGUUAAAAUAUGGAGCAGUUGGAGAUGGAAAAAUCAAUGAUUCUCCUGCUUUUCUAAAAGCAUGGAAAGAUUUGUGUAAGAGCAAAUCAGAUACAUCUCAAUUGAUCAUACCAGCAGCCAAGACAUUUUUACUGAGGCCAAUAGCACUCAAUGGUCCAUGCAAUUCUAAAAAUAUUUACAUUCAGCUUUCAGGGAACAUAGUUGCACCAGCAACAAAAUCAGAAUAUUCAGGAUCCCAUUUAAACACAUGGAUUGGUUUCUCAUUUGUGAAUGGCUUAAUUAUAAGUGGAAAAGGCACUAUUGAUGGUAGAGGCUCUAUGUGGUGGAAACAACCUUGCUUAGGAAAUCCAUCACCUGGAACAUCUUGCCGUCCACCAACGGCAGUAACACUGAAUAGAUGUAAUGGAUUUCAACUAAAAGAUUAUAAAAGUAUUAAUCCAGCAAGAAGCCAUAUAACUCUAACAAAUUGUAUAAAGGGAAUAAUCACUAAUCUCAAAUUAAUUGCUCCUGGAGAAAGUCCUAAUACUGAUGGCAUUGAUAUUUCUAGUUCAAAAGAAAUUCAAGUACAUGACUCUAUAAUAGCAACAGGUGAUGAUUGUAUUGCUAUUAGUGCUGGAUCAUCAUUAAUCAACAUAACUGGUAUAACAUGUGGUCCAGGACAUGGUAUCAGUAUUGGAUCAUUGGGGGCACGUGGAGAGAGUGAUGUUGUAGAGGAUGUGCAUGUGAAAAAUUGUACAAUUAUUGAGACGUUAAAUGGAGUAAGGAUCAAGACUAAACAGGGAGGAGGAGGAUUUGCUAGGAGGAUCACCUUUGAAAAAAUCAAAUUUGUUAGAGCCAAUAAUCCAAUUAUCAUUGAACAAUUUUAUUGUAUUAAGCCAAUGAUCUGUCCAAACAAGACUCAAGCAAUCAAAGUGAGUGAUAUCACUUUCAAAUCGAUUCUCGGAACAUCAUUAACAGACAAAGCAAUAAAUUUGAACUGUGACCAAAAUUUUGGAUGCUCCAACAUUGUGUUUGAUCAUGUUUAUAUACAAUCUGCUGUUCCUAGAAUGAAGGUUUUCUCUUACUGCCACAAUGCUCAUGGAACUGCCACUCAUACCAAACCAAAACCAUUCUGCUUGCUUAAGUAG